CGCAGUCUUCAUCCACAUGGCGGGACCGUAAAGUUUAGCGAUGGAAGUUUUGCGGAAGAGCUUUCAUGAAUCGCUCACACUUGUCUCUGAAGCAAUCAAUUCAGCAUCAUUCCUUGCAAUUGACGCCGAAUUUUCGGGACUAAAGGUGAAGUGGGGAGUUGAAAAUUCAUUUGAUACUCCACAGGAGCGCUAUUCAAAACUGAAGGAAGGAUCCAAAGACUUCAUCAUCAUUCAGUUCGGUUUAUGUACCUUUGAAUGGGACAACGAGCUAGAGCUGUAUAUUGCAAAGCCUUUUAAUUUUUACAUCUUUCCUAAGGUGUGGAAUCGACAGUGUCCUGAUGUCCGUUUUCUAUGUCAAAGUUCUAGUAUCGAUUUCUUGACAGAACACAACUUCGACUUCAACAAACUUUUUUAUGAAGGAAUCUCCUAUUUACGGCCUCAUGACGAGCAGAAAUUGAGAGAUCAUUUUAUAGCGAGGAACACACAAGACUCGUUUACGUCGACUUCUCUUACCUCCCCUGAUUCCACUUCUAAAACUAGCGGGGGAUCCUCACAGAAGGCGCUAAUUAUGAAAGUCCCACCGGAACACCGUGAAUUUGUAGAGAAAGCAUGUGACAGUAUACAAGAAAUGCUCACAGAUCCGGAGGGGAAGGUCACUCGGGUGCCACCAUGUAACGGUUACCUAAGAAAGCUGAUCUACCAAACUGCCAAACAGAGGUUUAAGGCUGGGAUUCACAUGGAAGCUGCAAUGAACGAGAAGAAAGAACGGUUUAUUGUAGUAACUAAAGUCAAUGAAGACGAAAAAAAGAAACUUGAAGAUGAAAAACAGGCCAAAGAAGACCAACUGAUUGAAAAUGCUGUGGGAUUCUCACAAGUUGUAAAAAUGAUAUCCCAGUCUGGCAAAGUUAUGGUGGGCCACAAUAUGUUUCUUGAUUUGAUUCACACAGUUGACCAGUUUUUAUGCCCACUUCCAGAAUACCUUGAAGAUUUCAAAGCAACCAUAAGUGCAGUAUUCCCAAAGCUUAUUGACACAAAAGUCAUGGCAAACACUCAACCUUUCAGAGAUCUCAUUCCAUCAUCAGUACUGGCAGAUCUUGUGAAGCAUGUCUCACAGAAACCAUUCGAAAAGGCUGCAGCGAAAUUUGAUGAAAAGUUUUCUUGCUAUGUUGAAAGUGAUGAGAAACCUCAUGAAGCUGCCUAUGAUGCUUAAAUCACAGGGCUUUCAUUUAUUUCUAUGGCCAACUAUCUUGGUUCUUUUCAAGAACCUCCAAAGGUCAAUGUCUCACCAGAUUCCUUCUUGGUUGCUCCAUUUUUAAACAAAAUAUUUGUUAUGAGAAUGGAGGAUAUUCCUUAUCUCAACUUAGCUGGGCCUGACUUGAGUCCAUCCCGUGAUCAUGUGUUUUAUUUGACUUUUCCAAGUGACUGGAAACAAGGAGACAUUCUUGAUUUGUUCAGUAAUUUUGGAUUUGUCUAUAUCUCAUGGAUCAAUAGCACCUCUGCCUUUGUCUCACUUGCUAGGAGGGAGAAUGCCAACCAAGUUCUUAAUAAACUGGAUUAUGAAGGGGAGUGUUAUACAAUAGUUUCUUAUGCUGAGCAUACAAAGCAGUUUGAGGGUAGUUAUGAAGAAAGUGUCGAAUACACGAGACAAACUCCUCUAAAGAGACCUAGACAAAUGGAAAUGAGUGCAUGCAAAACUUCAUCACCUCUGGAAGUACAGGCAAAUAAAAGCAAGGACAACACAAGCAGUGAGCUUGAAGAUGGAGAGAUAGUGGAUGAUGAAGAAUCUCCAGAGCCUGCUAAAAAGAAAAUGAAGAAGGAAGACAGGGCAUUUGAAGAACCAGAGGAGUGGUAAUACCACAAAGGAACAAUUCCAGAUUUUUACACAUUGACUGUAAUUAUUAGCUUUGCAAACUAGUCACUUUGUAACUUUAGAGUUCUUUUUGUAUGACUCAUAAAUGUGUGUCACUGCAACAUUUUAAGUCUUGGUGAUAGAAAUGUAAAUAGUAGUUGGAAUAAUGAUUCAUAUUCAUUGAAACUCUCUAAAUAGCAAGUUCUAUUCAGUAUCUUUUCAACACAUCUAAUAUGAUUAGCAGUGAUUUUUCCAUUACAAAAAUAAUCUUCCUAGAAAUGAAGAUGAUACAACAUGCUUUACUUUAAAUGCACCGCUGAACUAAGAACAAAUGAUUUGAAAUGUGGGAGUAGAAUUAAAAAGAGAUUUUAAAUCAAAUAUGGUUGUUCUGGUCAACUUAGUAACCCUUUUUGGUAUUGGAUCAACUGAUAAUCUCCUAAUAGUGAUAUUUAUCUUUAUUCCCAUCACUUGUCUGUUCGAUAUUCAACAGAGAAAUUUUGUCUUGGCCACUCAUGGGAGUUCAAGGAAAAAUGAUAUCCAUACUUACGGUGUAAUUGUUUUUAGUGUUAACUUACAGUUAACUGGCUUUCUCAGGGAUGAACUGUUUGAUUUGAACUCUUUGAGCACAAGUAGAUUGUAAUCACACAGACUAACAGUUCAACAUCCAUUAAAUAUUAAAUAGUAA